AUAUCUAGCAUGCCUAACAAGUACAAACGAACAGUGGGUUCAAGGCACUAUAAAAACUAUACAGAACACACACUACAACGUUGUUUACUUGCUGUGAAGACCAAACAAAUGACUCAACGAGAAGCUGAAAAAGCAUUCAAAAUUCCUCGGCGAACAAUCAUUAACAAAUUAAAAGCCCAUCAUAUACAGCCUGUGGGACGUCCCACUGUAUUUACUGAACCAGAGGAGAAGAAUUUUGUUGGAAACAUUCAUGUUAUGAGUGAAUAUGGCUUUCCUAUUGAUAAGACUGAUCUUAAAUUUAUUAUUAAGUCAUAUUUGGACAGAAAUGGUAGGCACGUUAAAUUUUUUAAAAACAAUCUACCUGGUCGUACAUGGACAGAUAAUUUCAUUGAACGUCACAAAACCUUAAGUGUUCGCUUAGCUUCUAAUAUUAAAAGGUCAAGGGCCUCUGUAAAUGCCGAAACCUUAACAGAGUAUAUAAAUAAUUUAAAAAUAACUCUAUCUGAUGUUGAUCCACAAAAUAUAUAUAAUUAUGAUGAGACCAACCUAACAGAUAACCCUGGGCAAAAAAAAGUUCUUGUAAAAAGAGGAUCAAAGUAUCCUGAACGAAUAUGUAACACCUCAAAAGUCAGCAUAAGCUUAAUGAUAUGUGGGAAUGCUGUUGGUGACAUUCUUCCUCCAUAUGUUGUGUAUAAAGCUAAAGGUCUUUGGGAGAAUUGGACUGAGCAUGGACCCAAAGGCUGCCGGUAUAAUGCCACAACUUCUGGAUGGUUUGAUGCAAAUGUUUUUACAGAUUGGUUUAAUAAUACACUACUUCGCCAUUUAAAAAAAAAACCAGGUAAAAAAGUUGUGAUUUUGGACAACUUGUCAUCCCAUUUAACACCUGAAGUCAUUGAAAAGUGUAAAGAAAAUGAUAUAUACUUUGUGUGCCUACCACCCAACAGCACGCAUCUCACCCAGCCAUUAGAUGUUGCACUAUUUCAUCCAAUGAAAAUGGCAUGGAGAAAAAUACUUGGGGAAUGGAAAGGAACAACUAAUGGCUUAAAAAAUCCAAUCCUACAAAAGCAGUCAUUUCCAGGAUUAUUAAAAAAACUUUUGGAUGUAUUAGAACCAACAUUAAAAACUACAUUACAAAAUGGAUUUAGGAAAUGUGGUAUAUUUCCUUGUGGAGUUGAAGAAUUAUUGAAUAGACUUCCUAAUGCUUUAAAUGCAAGUUCUAGUGUUGAUGAAUCAUUUAUUGAACAUUUAAAAGUUAAAAGAGCAGAAACCACACAGCCUACAACAAAAAGGAAAAAAAUUAAAGUUCCUGCAGGAACAAGUUAUGCACAUGUUAAUGAAGAGUCAUCAGACAUUGAUGCUAAUAUAAGUGCAGAAGCCAUACUAAUUAAUACUAAUGGUGAAUCGAGUUCAGUAUAUGAUAUAGAUGAUUGCCCAGUGACCAGUGAUGGCAAAUAUACUGUCAAUAAUUUUGUGAUUGUGAAUUAUCUUAAUAAUAUGUACCCAGGUAUAAUAACUAGUAUUGAUGUAGAUGGUGCCAUUGUCAAAUCUAUGGAAAAAACUAAGGCAUUUUAUAAAUGGCCAAUUAAGGAAGAUACAAUGUUCUACAAGUGGAGUGAUACUUUAAUGAAAAUAAAACCACCAGUGUUUGUGAUACGAGGAUACUUUAAAGUUGUAGAGUUGGAUGAAUAUACCACUUAAUUAUGUGAUAAUAAUAUAAAAUUCAUAAGUCUGAUAAUAUGUUAUUUGUAUUGUUUAAAAAGUUAUUUAUAUUUUUAAUAUUAUCAUUACCUAUUAUGGUAAUUAUGAGAGACUGUUAAGUUAUAAAUUUGUUAAAGUUUGCUAUUGUUUUUUUGUUUAAAAUAGAUUAAAAA